CUGUCUCGUGCCUUUCCUCGCGAAGCCUUUCCUGCUUUGCUGUCAGUGUUAUUGAACACUAUUCUGUCUCAGCCACUGACGAGAACAUAAGAUAUAUACCGAUAUACAUGUACACCACCCAGGUUCGCACUUACUGCCCAUGCAAAUCGCUACCACAUUCUCACACAUUCUUGCAGAUCUGGAACUUAUGCAUUGCGCUCCUUAUAUUUGCCUGUGUCUUCAAUUUCGUCGCAGUGCACCGACCGUGUGGUCUCCAACAGCCGCAUAUGGCCACCUCCAAACGCUCGCCAACCUCAUAGACGAGUGGUCGCCUGUGAUGUGGUGGGGACACAAGGAGGAUGGAAUUCCCUACUGUCAUGCUGGGACAAGCAAUCACCCGCUGCCGGAUGUGGAGAUGGACUGCGUUUAUGCUGGUUCCGGUGCUGG